CAACAUCCAGCAAGACUUUAUUCAGAAUCAGCAUGUGUCAGACUUGUCUGUUUGUUGGAAGUUGGCAGGAAGCUGUUGCAUUUAGAGGAUAUGUGGUGUUUAGAUAAACAGAAAAAAGUAUUUGUUUCAUUCUGUUUAUAGAGAUAAGGGAACAUAAAUACGUCUUCCUAGCUUACAUAAACAAUUACGUUGAACACCCACUUACCAUUUCAAGUUUAUGUCAAGUACAGGCAUAGAUACCAUAGCUGAACAAAGCUAUCAAACUUUUGUUAGACUUCUUCACAAGAAAAAAGUCCCUAGAGUUGGUCAAGACGCUAAUGCAAACACCAAAAUAACCUUAAGACUUAGUCAAUGCACAAAAAGGGGAAGUGGUGAAUGUCUUCUUUCCGAUCCACAGUAUACUGAAAAGCAGAUGUGUUCUUGUAGUGAAGAAUCAGUUUUUAAUGUAAUUUUUUUUCUUUAAUCCUCUUUUGUAUCAAUCAGAAUCCCCAUGGAUUAUUUGCGCAAAUACCUCUGGUUAUGGGUGAUAAUUGCAGUUAUUUUUGCAUGUGGGAUGAUCAGCAUCAUCUUCAUCAUCAUCAACAAAUGCAUAUCAAGACAAGGAAAACACAGAAUCUCACAGCUUCAAAGAAGAUCUUCUGACUUCACUGUCGAGAGCAACAAAUACCAGGAGAGAAGCUUUAAAAUCGACACCCCACCUUUACCUCCUCGGACACAGUUUCUUACAGCAGAGGCCCAAAGCUAUGAGAACCUGGCUGAGGUACCUGAGUGCCAGAACAUGCCUGACUAUGAGCAGGACAAGCACGACUACGAGCAGGCCAUGCCCGACUAUGUGCAGGCCACGCCCGACUACGAGCAGGACAAGCACGACUACGAGCAGGCCAUGCCCGACUACGAGCAGGACAAGCACGACUACGAGCAGGCCAUGCCUGACUACGAGCAGGCCAUGCCCGACUACGAGCAGGCCAUUGCUGAUCAGUCUGACUAUGUAAAGGUGGAGGAUGAGGAUGAGGAGGUGAUUCUUCCUCCUCCGUACAAGGACCCAGAUCCAGCAGAAGACAACACCUCCACAGAGGACUACGAUGACAUCGUAGGUGAAGACCAGGGCGAAGAGGAUUAUGACGAUGUGGGUUAAGACGACAAGAGAACACGACAGAGAUUAUUCUAAAAAAGACACUUUUGACUUUUCUUAUCUGGAUCCUGCUGAGCAGAGAGAUCAGAACAAAGUUACUUUGACCGGUUGUAUUUUUUCAUAUUAGUCAUGACAAAGAAAAUAAGUAUUUUAUGUGUAUUUGAAAGCACAAAGAACAGCACUGAAGUGGUAUUCAGACGACAGGGGCAGAAAGGUUUGAGUCAAGUAACCUUUAGCUAAUUAUUUCAACUUUAACCAACAUUGUUUACAGGCUACAAACUGUCCAUUUAAAGUUAUUUAAGUGGUCGUACUCGACAACUAACGAGCAGUUAUUUGACAUUUCUUGCAUAGUUUCAGUAUUUGUUAAUUACUGACAACAUACAUAUGUUUCUGGUUUAAAAACGAAUAUUUUAAUCUGGAUAUUUAAAAACAAAAAAGGAUUUUUUUGUGAA